AAUUUCAAGAUCAAAAACAAAACAGAAAACAUUGAAUUAAAACAAACGAAAAUGUAGUUUACAGGAUAGUCGUUUUUAUAAAAUAUUAGUUUUCCUUCAAUAAGUUUUCGUAAAAGACACACAAUGCUCCCACCUCAGGGUCCGUCUGGAGUUCAUCAUGGCCUAAUGACAGCAGAAGCUUUAAGGAGACUAUACAAAGAAGUUGAAGAAGUUCUCAACGAGUACAGUAUAAACAGCAAAACGAGACGACCAUGGGUAGUCGAGGCGUUGCAUCACUCGAGUCGUCACUCCCGUAUCUCUUGGCUGUCAACCCUCGUUUUGUUAGUGUCUGCAGCUAUAUUUCUCCUAGCGCCUGUACUCAAUCACAGACUUGAAGGGGAUCGAUGUAUUCAGCUGCAAGGACUUAUCGUGUUGGUAUUACUGAUGGUCAACUUGAUAUUCAACCUGCUUGACUCAAAACUUCGACAUGAGGAAAUGUACAAGAAAGCAGUAAAAAUCACAGCCAUAUUGAAGAGAUGCAGUGAGGUGUGCAACUGGAAGGCAGAUAACUACCCUCACCUCUGCUCCCCCUACUCUCCAUGUAUCACACUGCAGUGGACCUACAGAGACGGGAGAUUAGUCAACCUACCCUGGGCCUUGUUAGUGGGAGGAGACACGGUGAUGAUACGACCUGGGCAACCUGCUCCUGGACACUGUGUACCACUAGAUGACAAAGACUGUCCAGAGCUACGUAGAGGGGAAGUGUACAGUCCGCUGCCUAAUGGUGGGGGACACGAGGCGUUCUCCACACCCAUGGCUAGACUGCCACUGCCGUCACAGGCUUACGUCAUGAAGGAGACACCGUACUUACGCAACUUGCGACAGGCACUAAACGAAGCAACCUUGCGACCUCCAACGUUUCACGAUCGUAGACGUCAUCUUCUAGUCAGCAACUGUGUGGAGCAGUUAGCACUGCUGGCUAUGUGGUUGGUAGCCCUGCUGGUGAACACGUUGCGCUACGUGUAUGUCUCGGACUGGCUCAGUAGCGGGUCUAUGUACGAGAUGCUGCUGCUUGGACCCUUGACUACAGUGUUGCCACUACUGCCACUCGUGCUGCCUUGCGCGUGGAUCGCGCUCAACAGUUACGGCAACGCUAGACUGAUUGCGUUGCAGCACAUCCAAGAGUCUCCCAAGGAGGAAUGUGACCCGUUUGACGAGACAGACUUUGAAGAUACCAAGACAUCCUGGAGUUCUCCGUCCUGUCUACAGGUGAAACAGCUGUUCUGGGAUGUGCUGUGUGGACGAGACCACAGUCUGGCCAGGAGUGCCAACCUACUACACGUGCUCGGCUCUGUCACGGCUCUAUGCUGUGUGGACAAAAAGGGAAUUCUGUCAUGGCCUAACCCUACAGCUGAAAAAGUGUUUUUCCUUCGAAGUGCCAAAGAACCCACGCCAAAUGCUAGUGACAGUGGGGUGGAGGGAGGAGGGGUGGGUGGUGGAGGAGCAGACAUGGAGAGUCAUACCAAUCUACUGCAACCAACCCCUACACACCACAAGCAACAUAACAACGAGGCCCAGACAGUAGCCGAGGUUCUGGAUCUCACUCAUGACAAUGCUUGUCCGUUCCGACUCCACUUUGACGACACGUCGUGGAACCGCCACCUCAAGUCACUGAAGCCACUCGGGUUGGCAAUACUGCUCAACACGUGCAACAUGGACACUCAGGACCACUACACGCAGUUCUGCUCUCACGUCACUUGUGAGGCGUUGUACAACGAGGAUCUGGUGCCCGUCGCCAACCGCAGUUCUCCGUUAAGGAGGAAAGACUCGUCAGCAGUGCACUGGGAUAUGAGGCAUAUGAAAGUGCAUCAUUUCUUGAGGAGAUGUCUCUGUGAGUUAGCCAAGCAGAUUGGUUUCACCGAUGGAGCUCCGAAGAUAUUUACCUUGGAUCAACAACUGUCUACGUUUCGACAUGUGCAACCAGAAACAGUCCGACGAGACAUCAAGUUUGCCCGAACGCUCGCUCUUGCGACCAAACUCAAGUUUCCGUUCCCGCACAUGGUCGCUGUUGUUGUCAAGGACAAGUCCAACCACAAUAGUCUUCAGCUGUUUUCCCAAGGCACAGCUGACAUUGUGUUAGAUGCCUGUGUGGACUUCUACGACGGAAAAGAGCUUCACACGUUGUCAUCAGCUGACAGGAAGAAAGUUCAGGACUUUUACCAGCGUACAAGUCUGACUGCGUAUUGCACUGCGUUUGCCUACAGACCUUUACCAGAGGUUGCGUCUGUGAGUGAGCAGUUGACCAGGGUAUAUCUGGAGUUGCCAGCUGAUGCUCAACACCUGUAUAUGCCUCACAGAUCUCCCUCUCCCUCGGCCGCCCUGGGCCAGGGACUGCUGGACCACUCGCUGUCUGCUGAUUCGCUCCUGGCGAGUGACUCGUACGAAGAACAUAUCACAGACAUAAACAAUUGCUUCAAGAUCCAAUGUAACCAGAUAUUCAUCGGGAUGGUGACCAUGCAGUACCAGGCCUUAUCCGAGAUGGUUCAACUUAUUGAUCAGCUGGAACGUGCCUGUAUCAGGUUUGUUCACUUCAGCAAGGAGAACGAACUUCGUUCCAGAGUGUUCUCUGAGAAGAUGGGCCUAGAGAGCGGAUGGAACUGUCACAUAUCACUGUUAAGCGAGAGAUCGAGUGAUACAAUAAAGAUGGCUGCCCCUCCCCCCUCCUCCACAGACGGCGACAGUCGAGACGAUCUUCACCCUUUGCUUGCUAACCACGGUGGUACACUCAGUAGCUCCAGAGCCAUGAGUAUGUCUGCACCGUCGGCCAUCAACAUGGAGCAUCGCUCUUCUGACGUUAAUCAGCUUGUGACAAUGGAGGAUGAUUGUCCAGACCUGAGCCACGGAGAUGCGUGGCAGUCACUCAGUUGUCUGACAGACAGCACAGAACAAAGCGCUCCUGUCAACUUUGACAUGUCUAACAGGGCCAAACUACCCCGUGGCAUAGACAAGAUCAGGCCUCACCUGGAGUUGGUGGACAAUGUGCCUCUGUUGGUAUCACUGUUUACUGACUGCACAGUGUCGACAACCCGAGAGAUGAUCCACAUAAUGCAGGAUUACGGAGAGACUGUGUGUGUGAUGGGUUCGUCAGCUAAUGCAGACAACGUGGGCAUCUUCCUGCAAGCCAACGCUAGCCUGGCAGUGGAGCCCCUGUUCCCCCAGGUGUGUCAGAAAGUGAGUGUGUUUCAAGAGACGACGUCACAGCAAGGACAAUCUCCGGUUUAUUUGUCCAACACCCUCAACUCGCUACCAUGCUGCAUGCAGGACGCCAGCUCCAUCUUUCUGCUGAUAAUGGAGGCUAGACACUUCAUGCAGUGUGCCUGGAGCAGUAUACAGUACUGGGUGUGCUGUCUACUCACACUAACUACAGUCCAACUGCUUGCUGCCAUGUUUCUGCUACCUCCAAUAUUCACAUUGGGCCAGGUGUUGUGGCUGUCCGUGGUGAUCACUCCGCUGUUGUCACUGUCACUGGUCGCUGCCAAGACUGAUCCUCAGGUGAUGCACCGAGCCACAGGCAAGAACCACACCACUCUCAAUACUGAGAUGGCAGUGUUUGUGCUGUGGUGUUAUGGAGUCAAGUUUGUCAUCACCAUGGUGCUGGCCCCAGUCAUGUUUGCUGGGACAUUGUCUCUAUACUGUUUCCAGCUGCAGCCUGAAGCUACUACGAGCCAGUGUGGUACUUUACCCCCAACAGUCAUACAGCAGUGCAGCCAAUGUAACAACACAGUGGCCUGGGGUGGCUGGUCAGAGUAUCCCUUGCACCUACAAUCUGCUAGGUUGGCAAUAUGUGGUCUAGUGGUGCUGCAUUUUUUGGUCAUUUCCAUCAGUUUCGUCUACAGGGAACGGCUGAUUUGGAGGCGAGCUCCAUGGAAAAAUGUUGUUUGGGUUUUCACAUUCUUCCUAGUGCUGGGUCUUCAGAGCGGGUUUACAUUGUUGUCCCUGCAGUGGCACGGCUACCAAUACGACACGGCUGAAACUGGCUGGCCUGAAAUGCCUGUUGUGUUGGUAACACUCACUUCUCUUCCUCUCGUCUUCCUCGUCAACGAGUCUGUCAAGUGGCAAGAGAUCAAGGCUAACGAAAGGUAUCAGAAAAGAGCGCGGUUGGAUUUUGGGACCAAGCUGGGUAUGAACUCUCCAUUUUGAAACAUCAAUUUUUGGAGCCGCAGCCCACAAGUCCAACAUCACUGUCUCCUUUGUCUUCACAAAAGAUAAGAAUUUUAUUUUAUAAAGACGUAGAAAGUAUCUUCUGAAACCAGUACAGCAGAUUUAAAAUAGUCUGAUGUAUAUUUUUGCUAAUAUUUUUCAUAUAAUCGUAUUUGUGUAAACUUUUACUUAUAAGACUGCCAUAUUGAAUCGUCAGUUUAAUUUUGAAAAAAUAAUGUCUCUGGCGACUCAGUGGGAUUACAUAAAUUAACGCUAAUCAAAUGCAUAUCCAUUGUCUUUUGGAAGAUAAUGAAAUUUUUAACAUUUGAGCAUUUUUGUUAAUUUAGUUUUAAACUUUUAAUUGUUGAUGUAGAAUUUGUUUAGAAAGUUCUUAGAACUUAAAGUUAUUUUGUUGAACUUAGUUGUGAUUUUAUGCUUUUAUACCAAGUACUGUACUUAAAACUGUCUAUGCUUAGAUGUCACUGAUUUAACAGUUUCUAAGUAGUAUUUAUUCAUUUGUCAAAUAAUAAUUUUGCAAUUUAUCUUUACAAAGAGGAUAAAUACAAAUAAAAAACCAAUCCCCUAACUAUUUAGUCAUUUUCACUGUGUUCAGUAUUUUUUAAAUUGAAAUAUAAAUGUGUCAUUACUUGUAAAUAAAUGGUGUACAAUUUAAUUGAAACAUAUUUAGAACUGCAAUUGUUUUCUCAUUAAAGAGACAUGGUUGAAGAUACUGCUUACAAAAUCGUGGGUUACGCCCAGGAAAUUGAAAAAAAAUUUAUAUUUUAAGUCAUGUUUAAGUUUAACUCGAUUCCUAAAUAGUUUGCCGUUAUCUUUUUCUUAAAUUAAAAUAGAGCCAUGGUCAAACUAAAUAUAAGCUGUAUUUUUUAUCCAAAAUAAAAAUCUGUGAAUUAAUUAACAAAGCAUUAUUAUAUGGUAAGGACUAUGUUAAUGUUGAAAAUUUUGAUCAAAACAAAGGUUAAAUGCGACUUAAUAUCGUUAUAUAGUUCAUUAUCGUUCAUAUAUUUUGGGUCUGUUUUGGACUCAAUUAUUGCUUUGGACUAUAAAUUGCUGGCUGAUGAUAUUGUAAGUCAAUCAGCUGAUAAGAUAAAAGAAUACAAGUCCUUACAUUUUACUCACUAAGAAACAUACCUCUUGCACUCUUUUCUUUGUUCACUCUUUAAAUUGUCAAACUUGUUUAACUUUACCUACAGUUAUGAUAUUAUCUGUACAUAUUAUAUUGUAUGAUAUUAUCCGUGAUGAGAUUUCGGAAUGUUUACUGUCUAAUCAUAUAACGUUGUCUUGUAAGUUAAAACUGUAAGAUAUCAAAAGUACUGCCUCAAUAAGAACU